GAAUUCGGAGUGAACUGCGCAUGCGCUGUUGUUUACACACUGAGCUGCUGCAGCGGAGCGUCUGAUGGAGGCAGUUUUGAGGCACCUGAACAACAUUUUGGAGCUGCUAGCCGUGUCCCGAACUGACCGCGUGCGCGAAUGGGACCGUCCCACCACACAGCGGGCGUUUAAGUGGGCUGAAUACUGCGAGCAGCUGCACUCCCGAUACCAGUCCAACCCUACGGUGCGCUCCAGGCUGGAGUCCGGUCUGACAGACACCAACCGGCGCCUGCGGGAAACAUUUCCGUCCUACAGUCCGGUGGAGUUCUCCGAGCUGGCGCAGUGUCAACACAAGCUGAUCGUGUAUUUACUCAGAAACCCUUCCUCGCCGCAUUUUAUAAUAGAAAUGCUUUUUCCUGAUCAAAACAGUCCCUCACAGGAGCUCCUGGCGCCUCAGAACAGCCUCGUUACACGCAAAUCCGCGUUCAGUCUGUUGUGCUGCACUGUCAACACGACUAGUAGUUACUAUGGGUUACAAACUGAGCCGGAAGUAAGAGGCAAACUCCUCGGGAAACUUUUAAACUCGAUACUAGCUCGUCCUGGUAAUGAGGAGCACGCGAAAUGCUUGCUGGAUUCGGUUCGUUGUGACAGCGCGGGAAAAGUGGACGGUUUUUAUGACGUCAUCGCGGGAGCACUGCUUUGCAGUAGUGAUGAAUCUCAGCGCUUCAUUAUCACAUGGCUGAAAGAGAGUGAUGGGGGGUUGAACACAUUCUGCACGGUUAUUUCCCCUGAGGUGUGUGCAGUCAUUUCCCGACAGUCUCCGGAGUUUAGGAAGCUCUACUGGGGUGCUUUGAAACAGUGGGCGUCUUGUUUGGAGUAUGACGUCACUAAGAGCGUGUGGGUGACGUCAGAGGGAGCGGUGAGCUUUGAUGUGCUGGCUGAUCGAUUGAGGGAUUUAAUAAAUUCAGGAGAGAGCUUAAAGGAGGAGACUGAGACUGCGCUUAAAGCGCUCACACUGCAGGAUGGAGACUUCAGUGUUAAAGGCGUCAGUGUGUGGACUGAUCUAACUCUUCAGCUGAAAAUCUGACAGAUUGAAUAAUUCAGUUUAAUUAGUUGCUUAGUAAUAAAUUGUGUCAGUGAAAUUAUUUUAUUUAUGGUUAAAAUAUGCUUUGUUUUAUUUCGUCAUCAUUAAGAGGAUUUCUUCAUCAAUCCACAGGUCAAUAGGUUUUAUAUUAUUAUUAUUUUCGGAUUUUUUUAAAAUAAAUAUAAAUUAUUAGAGUCCUAUUGAUAUUUUUAUUGUUGAGAAAGUCAUCUCUUGUAUUGUCAUAUUCCCGGAUCUCCUGGCCGACAGGAGGCGCCAGCGCUCUUUUCACCAACACUCCUCUGCUUUACAUGAUAUUCAUGUUUUAUAGAAGUGGACUAAAUAAUAAAGCUUUUAAACAGGUUUUGUUAGUGUUGUUUGUUAUGCUUUAAGUAUCUUUAUUUUAUUUACAACAACAGAAAAAAAGCAGUUCAAU